GACAUUAGAAUGAAAAUAGCACUAUGGUUGGUGUGUUUACAGCUGUUUUCAUUUAAUUGCAGAUUGAUUGCACUUGUGUUGCGUUGAAUGCAAUAAAAUCUCAUGAUAAUACACUGAACAUUGUUUAAUAUGAAAAAUACAUUUUCAAUUGACUAUUGAAUAAAUGGGAUUAUGUCCUCUUGUUUCGUUAUACAAACUUCAAAACCUGCACCAAACAACCCCAUCGUCAAUGCAAUGAACAUUGAGGGAAAACCAAUGACGUCCAAGGACAAGGUAAUGUCUUACGAGGAGAAAUCAGUGGGAUCCACGGCCUUCUUCCAAUGCGAAGCUUGUCCAUAUAUGGCGUUCGCUGAAGAUGACAUAAAGUUUCAUUUAUUUACGGAGCACCCAGACUUGGCCAAAAGCAAUGGAUUGGCAGACAACAUCCAGAUUCCAUGUCCUGGCUGCACUAGUGUAUUUGAAGCUGAAGAAACUUUGAGAACACAUUUAAGGAGUCACCACAAAAUGGGCUUAAAAGACGUGAAGAAAAUGGUAAAAAGUUUAGUUCAAAUAGCUUUAAAAAAUGCAAAGCUAAAGAAAAAAGAAACCAAAAGUGAAUCUCUUGCAGAAACUGCUGUUAGUUCGGAGCUGACCAAUGUCAAGAUGCCACCAGUCAUUGAAAUUGUCCCAGACAUUGUAAAUGCCAACAGUGACCUGCCAAAAGGAGUGGCAUUCAUAUCAGUAGACGAGCUCAACAAAAUGAGUACUCCAAACUUUGAAAAAGUUGAUCCUAAGGAAAUAAUUCAAGAAGCGAGUAUCAACAUUGUGUAUACUAAUGAUGUCUCCACUCAGUAUGUGAAGUUAGCAGAUAUAGAUCCAUCAAAUGCUCAGUGUAACAUGAUACAAGUAUCAAAUGUCACUCCAGACUUAAUAUCAUCAAUACAACCUCACUUGACAUCUGACAGUGCUAAGCUGUCUCCUCCUAAGGAUAACAUGGAAGUGACCUCACAAGCUGAGCAUACAAGUACAACAUCUGUUAAUCCUGAAGAUAAGGGAACUAUGUGCUCUGUUGCUGGAUGCCACAUACGUUUAAAAGCAGAGACAAAACUGGCGUAUCACAGGAAAUGUCACCAGAAUGGAAAAUUCGUUUGUCAGGAGUGUGGGCGGGUGAUGUUAUCUACGCAGGCUCUGCACACACAUUUGUGGAAGGUGCAUGAGGUUGACCUGGAGCUUCCGACAUGUGAGAUUUGUGGCUACAAGACUUACAAGAGAUAUAGACUAGUCAACGUACAUAUGAAGUCUCACAAAAAUAUUCUUGGUUAUACAUGUUCCAUAUGUUCGAAAUCAUUUAAAAAUUCUAACCAGCUAUCCAAGCAUAAAAUGAUCCAUAAGAAGGACAGACUGCCAGUGCCCUGCCCCAUCUGCCAGCUGCAGUUCAGUAGUGAAGGAAGAAUGCAGAGUCAUGUGUCCUCUGUUCAUGAGAAAAUGAAACCGUUCAAGUGUCCAGAGUGUAACUACUGCACCGCUAGAAGUCUCGAACUCAAACGCCAUUCACGAUUACAUACAGGUGACAAACCAUACUCAUGUGACCAGUGCACUUACAAGACGGCGGACCACAACGCGCUCCGCCGCCACAAGAAGUGGCACUCCAACGAGGCCACCUACAAGUGCAAGUACUGCCCGUACACCUGCAUCCAGUCCACAGUCUUCACCUCUCACAUGAUAUCCAAACACCCCAACAUCUCUGGAGACAUCCACCGAUGCCCAUACUGCCAGUUUAAAACCGUAAACAAAGAUAAGUAUGUAAUUCAUUUAACUACACAUGCGGAUAAAGAAGGCAUACAACUCUUAAUAGAAAUGACGAAGAAGAAUAAAGCCAAUAAACCCAGCUGGAACAUUCCAAGUGAGACUGUUGAAAAACCUGCAAACAAAUGCGAUACCCAAGAUCAAAAUAAGGAGCCAAGUCCCAAAACUGUCAACUCAAUACCUAUAGAAGUAUAUGAUUGUGACAGCUUAUCUGAAAGCUUACCACAGGAUUAUUCUAAAAGCUAUUGCACCCCUUCCAACAGUGACGGCCAACCUGUUGAUUAUAAUGUUCAAGUUAUGGUCAGAGAUUUAAGCAAAGAUGAUAAUAAUGCAGACUGUGUUAUUUCAGAGGAUCCAAAUAAUAGCCUGAUGAAUAGACAUCAAUUUCCGUCACAGAUUCCAUUGCCAAUGAAUUUCGAGCCCAAUUUACAUGAGUAUUUAAACACGAAUGUAUCAGUAGAACAAACUUUAUUACAGAACAGUAACGUGAAUUCUCUGCCAACCAAUGAGUCAUCGAUAGCGAGUAGUAUAAGCAAUAAUAUAAUGAGCAACUUCCCUAUAAGACUACCGCAUGUGCCACAGAUCUCUGUAUGCAACAGUAGCACUAUGCUCACCUCUGUAGAUAAAAUAUCGCUGCCGAUGAUCAAAGUUACCGGUCCAAUAAUAAAACCUACUCAGAUACUGCCUGUCCCGUCAUCCAGUAAUUCUCCAGUCAAUAAUUCGAACGAACAAGAUGGUGUUCCAAGAAAGAAACCUAAAAUAUCAGUGAAAAGCAAUCUCAUAUUGAAAGGGCCAGACGAAGAGAACAUGUUUCACUCACAACAAAAAAUGGCUUUCAAGAGGUUGGAGGAUAACGAAAGGUUCGGGCUGAGAAACCCGGUGACGUUCAACAACCUUAUUACAACACAGUUCAUGCAGCUGCAGCCGGAACCAGAGCUGAGCGAGUCUCCCAGUGACAUCAUGACAUACCCACAGGAGACGAUGAUGAGCAACCCGGCCGCGACGCCCGAAGACAGCGGCAUGACUAGCGAACCACAAAUAUUCACAUUCAACCAACAGAGAAAUAAUCCCAUAACCUUACUCCCACCGCCGCCGAAAAUCCAAACUAACGACCCGAGUUACAUAAAACUUGAGACUACAAUAAAACAGAACACCCAAUCGCCAAGCUUAGAACGUAUGUGCAAUGCCAAUAUAUUAAAUAGCCAAGCAAUGAGCCGCGAAUACAAAGCAUCGCCGCCCUUAGAAGAUAUACACAAGAACAUGAGCGUGAUAAAAAAUGAAGUUAAACCAGACUCGUACUAUAACAUUGCAAUGAAUAAUAAUGCAGGGAAUUCGCCCAUUUUAGAUCAAUAUUUAAUAGACAAUAUAAUAGGAGAACAGUAUUCUGGUCAUCUAGACCUUUCUGCUGUAGUCCUUCCAGAAGUAUCCGAGGACGAUCAGCAAAAUGACGUAAUAGAGAUAGACGACAAUUCUGAUGACAAUAAACUGUUGCCGCGAUUCGAUAUGAAUCUACUCCCAUUAGAUUCAUUCUAUUUGAUGCAUAAUGAUUUCCAUUUCUUAGAGAAUGAAGUUCCUGCAAACAAUAUGCAAAAUGAUGUUGCUGUUAAUGAAAUUAACAGGAUGGUUACUGAAGUUCCGAUCGUAGCUCAAAAAGACAAUUCGGAAGGGCCUCAUGAAAAUAGCAGUGGUGAUUUCCCAAAUUUCAUCCAAGGAAAGAAAGAUCCCAUGAUGAACACGUCAGUACGAGUACGUACGAACAAAAUUAAUGUAAAAAAUAUAGAAUUAAUGAAGAACUAGAAUGUAAAUAUAUUGUUAAUGUCUGUUAUAUGAAUUAUAUCAAAAGACUGUUAUUACUAAUAAUUUAUUUAAUACAGCGUUAUAUUAUACACUUA